GGAUAGGCCAAGCAUGCUUCUUGGUUCACAUCAUCAAACAUCGUUUGAUUUAUGCUAUGUAUUGAAGGCUACAAGGAAUACCAAGAGGGGGACUAUAAGCGUCCGUAUUGAGACUUCAGCAAACUCUGAUGAGGAAACACGGUUGCGCUCUGAACACCAGGGGCCGGAAAACGUCAGCUCUUUAGGGAAAUGGUCGCACCUCGCACCGUGGGUAUGGACUACUUCCAGCUCUCGAGGGACAUUUGUGCCUUAUACGCUCUGCUACAUCAGCGCUAUUCUUAAGCAGCCGCCGGUAAGUGAGACGAAGGACUGAACAGCCUAUAAUGACUCCACGCCUAUUUGUGGAUAACUCAUCCAGAGGAAUAUACGCACCAUGCAUCAGAGGAAUUCGAAGUCUGCUGAUUAAUUUAGCUCGGAAGCAACUCUAGCACGAAGAGAUGAAGGGAAAGUGCGAGGUGGACGGAUGGCCGAAUGCUGGUGCUGCAGGUGAAGAUCUUCCUCAGCGCAUAGCAUCUAUCAUGUUAGGCAAUCUAUGUGCCCACCCUCGGCCAUCUCUAGCUUAACUCCGCUUGUGAAGACAUACGGCGUCAAGAGACUGGUACCGAAAAGAAGCUGUUUUAAGCCAGCUUGCGAACGCAACACGUCCUCGUUUCUUCAAAAUUGGUCGCUCCUCCUUUGGCCAAAAUCUGUUGCGUAUAGCCCUGUAGUCACCGGAGAAACCCAAGAGAAACCGCAACAUGCCCCAAGUCCGUC